AUGGUGACUAUGCAGGCGCAAGGUGUUCGACAUGCAAUCGCCGCGCUCUGGGCAUUGGGGCCCUCUUACCGCCGCCCGUCUCUCCUCCUUGCACCAGCGCAGCUUGCCCCGCCACUCAGCAACCUCCUGCACCUCCACCUGCCCUCGCCCUACACCUUCCCGACAUCGGCAGGCUGCACGCUGGAAGCAGUCGAAGCACAACCGGGCGGAACAGUUGCCCAUGGAAUCAUCGUGGUCGUAGUGGCUCUCGCUUACUCUUUCAUCUCGUCGCACGUAAAUGAUGAUGCCGUGAGCGCCAUGGACGCGUCGCUGGCGCACGUCGCCGCCGGCGUGCAGCCUCUAAUGGAAGCCAACCGCUCCGCCGCCGUCGUCGCGCACUCUCUGCAGAUCCCCAGCAACGAAUCAUCUUAUUUCCGAUACGUGGGACCAUACAUGGUCAUGGCGUUGGCCAUGCAGCCGAAGCUGGCCGAGAUAUCAUACACCAGCGUGGACGGCGCCGCGUUGACGUACUACCGCGGCGAGAACGGCCAGCCGAGAGCCAAGUUCGGGAGCCAGAGCGGCGAAUGGCACACCCAGGCCGUUGAUCCGGUGAACGGCCGUCCCACCGGCCGCCCCGACCCAGCGGCGAGGCCGGAGCACCUACCCAACGCGACGCAGGUCCUCGCCGACGCCAAGAGCGGCUCGCCCGCGGCCCUCGGGGCCGGGUGGGUCAGCUCCAACGUCCAGAUGGUGGUCUUCUCCGCGCCUGUCGGUGACACUGCCGGCGUGGUCUCCGCCGCGGUCCCCGUCGACGUCCUGGCGAUCGCCAGCCAGGGCGACGCCGCCGCCGAUCCCGUCGCGCGGACGUACUACGCGAUCACUGACAAGCACGACGGCGGGGCCCCGCCGGUCUACAAGCCUUUGGACGCCGGGAAGCCCAACCAGCACGACGCGAAGCUGAUGAGGGCCUUUUCCUCGGAGACCAAAUGCACCGCGUCCGCCAUUGGCGCGCCCGGCAAGCUCGUGCUCCGCGCCGUCGGGGCGGACCAAGUCGCGUGCACGAGCUUCGACCUCUCCGGAGUGAACCUGGGAGUUCGUCUUGUGGUCAGCGACUGGGGCGGGGCAGCCGAGGUCCGGCGAAUGGGGGUGGCCAUGGUGAGCGUCGUGUGCGUGGUCGUGGCGGUCGCGACGCUGGUGUGCAUCCUUAUGGCACGGGCGUUGUGGCGGGCCGGGGCGCGGGAGGCCGCUCUAGAGGCUGACCUGGUGAGGCAGAAGGAGGCGCUCCAGCAAGCGGAGCGCAAGAGCAUGAACAAGAGCAAUGCCUUCGCCCGCGCCAGUCAUGACAUCCGCUCCUCACUCGCUGCCGUCGUUGGACUCAUCGAUGUUUCCCGGGUAGAGGCCGAGAGCAACUCCAACCUCACCUAUAACCUCGACCAGAUGAACAUUGGCACAAACAAACUCUUGGAUAUACUUAACACGAUACUGGACAUGGGCAAGGUGGAGUCCGGGAAGAUGCAGCUAGAGGAGGUGGAGUUCAGGAUGGCAGACGUCCUUGAGGAAUCCAUGGACCUGGCAAACGUCGUCGGCAUGUCAAGAGGCGUCGAAGUGAUCUGGGACCCUUGCGACUUCUCCGUGCUCCGGUGCACCACCACCAUGGGCGAUUGCAAGCGUAUCAAACAAAUUCUUGACAACCUACUCGGCAACGCCAUCAAGUUCACACACGACGGCCACGUCAUGCUUCGAGCAUGGGCCAACCGUCCCAUCAUGAGGAGCUCCAUAAUCAGCACCCCGUCGAGGUUCACCCCCCGUCGCCGCACGGGUGGGAUCUUUCGGCGGCUGCUUGGAAGGAAGGAGAACCGUUCGGAACAAAAUAGCCGAAUGUCAUUACAAAAUGAUCCUAAUUCGGUUGAGUUUUACUUUGAGGUGGUUGACACUGGUGUGGGCAUACCCCAGGAAAAGAGGGAGUCUGUGUUUGAGAACUACGUUCAGGUGAAGGAAGGGCAUGGUGGCACCGGGCUCGGGCUUGGAAUUGUGCAAUCCUUUGUUCGUUUGAUGGGAGGAGAAAUCAGCAUUAAGGACAAGGAGCCAGGAGAAGCGGGGACGUGCUUCGGCUUCAACAUCUUCCUCAAGGUCAGCGAGGCGUCAGAGGUGGAAGAGGACCUCGAGCAAGGGAGGACGCCGCCGUCGCUGUUCAGGGAGCCCGCCUGCUUCAAGGGCGGGCACUGCGUCCUCCUCGCCCACGGCGACGAGACCCGCCGGAUCCUGUACACGUGGAUGGAGAGCCUCGGGAUGAAGGUCUGGCCCGUCACGCGCGCCGAGUUCCUCGCCCCGACCCUCGAGAAGGCGCGCUCCGCCGCCGGCGCCUCGCCGUUGAGGUCAGCGUCGACGUCGUCGCUGCAUGGCAUCGGGAGCGGCGACUCCAACACUACGACGGACAGGUGCUUCAGCUCCAAGGAGAUGGUCAGCCACCUUCGGAACAGCAGUGGCAUGGCCGGCAGCCACGGCGGGCACCUCCACCUCUUCGGCCUGCUCGUCAUUGUCGACGUCUCUGGCGGGAGGCUCGACGAGGUCGCCCCCGAGGCGGCGAGCUUGGCGAGGAUCAAGCAGCAGGCGCCGUGCAGGAUCGUCUGCCUCACGGACCUCAAGACCCCCUCCGAGGAUCUGAGGAGGUUCAGUGAGGCGGCGAGCAUCGACCUCAACCUGCGCAAGCCCAUCCACGGCUCCCGGCUGCACAAGCUCCUCCAGGUCAUGAGAGACCUCCAUGCCAACCCGUUUACGCAGCAGCAGCCGCAGCAGCUCGGUACAGCCAUGAAAGAACUGCCGGCGGCUGAUGAGACCUCUGCGGCGGAGGCGUCUUCUGAAAUCACGCCCGCGGCAGAGGCGUCUUCUGAAAUCACGGCCGCUGCGGAGGCGUCUGAGAUCAUGCCGGCGGCGCCGGCGCCGGCUCCCCAGGGACCGGCCAAUGCAGGAGAAGGCAAGCCGCUGGAGGGGAUGCGCAUGCUGCUGGUGGACGACACCACGCUGCUGCAGGUAGUCCAGAAGCAGAUACUGGCCAAUUACGGAGCAACGGUGGAGGUCGCCACGGAUGGCUCCAUGGCCGUGGCCAUGUUUACAAAGGCUCUUGAGAGCGCAAAUGGCGUCUCAGAGAGCCAUGUGGACACAGUGGCCAUGCCCUACGAUGUCAUCUUCAUGGAUUGCCAGAUGCCAGUGAUGAAUGGCUAUGAUGCGACGAGGCGCAUCCGGGAGGAAGAAAGCCGCUACGGCAUCCGCACCCCGAUCAUCGCGCUGACCGCGCAUUCCGCAGAGGAGGGGCUGCAGGAGUCCAUGGAGGCAGGGAUGGAUCUUCACCUGACCAAGCCGAUACCCAAGCCGACAAUCGCACAGAUUGUUCUAGACCUCUGCAACCAAGUUAAUAACUGA